GUCGCUCCGCGCCAAACGUACUAGACGUUGUCGGAAUGUCGCUCCUCACCGAGAAGUUGAUGGACAUGUUCUGGAUUGGAUGUAGCUACUUGUUUAUAACUUGUGUAUUGCUGCUCCUACAUCCAAUUCAAGUGUCAGGAGACGGCAAUGUUGAAAUUUUGCUACUGACAUACAACAACAGUGGCUCACUAGCUGACGAUGGGCGUUGCUGUGAUCGAGAGCCUUUUUGUGAUGUGUGUGAAAACUACUUUGAUAUCUGCUACCGGGAAGGCACCUCCACACGUUCCCCCUCGCCGUUAUGCAAUUCCAGAGUAGUGACGCAAACCAGAUUCGGCGACAACGUCAAUUUUGCGUCUGGCCCAAGUGUGUUUGGAGAUGGAAUUGGGAAUCCUCUCAGAUUUCCUUUUGACAGGACAUGGACGGGUCAAUUUAGUUUGGAAUUAUCUGUUUGGGACGAUGAUUCAGACCAGUUGGUGUUGGGUCGAGAUCCUGAUCUUAUCGCUUCUGAGACAGUGAACGUUGAUAGUCGACAGGGUAACAGCACAAAACCAAUGACUGUCAUGAGUUCAUAUGCCAUAAUGACACUACGGUGGAAAGUCGUCUGUAAUGAAAAUUUUUAUGGAGACUGCACUGUGUACUGCAAAGCAGAAGAUUCGGAUGCGACGGGACAUUACGCUUGCGAUGAAGCUGGCAAGAAAGUGUGUAUGGCGGGUUGGACUGGAGAAAGUUGCAGAAUUAAUGUGUCUGUUUGUAGUACACAACCAUGUCAAAAUGGUGGGGGGUGUACCGCAACUGAAGGAGGAUUCAGUUGUUCUUGUCCAGUUGGCUUUUUGGGAACUCGGUGUGAACACGAUGUAAACACUUGUCGAAGUCAACCAUGUCAAAAUGGUGGAACAUGCCAUAGCAAACAGAAUGAUUAUAUCUGUGUGUGUGCUGAUGGAUUUAAUGGCAAGCAUUGUGAAAACGAUAUUGAUGAAUGUGAGAACAACCCUUGUGACAGUGGACUGUGUGUUGAUGGAAUUGCCUCAUACUCUUGCAACGAAGGGAGCACUGCCGAAGCUGUCAGUAGUAACAAAAGUGAUAACAAUAUUGCUUUGUAUGCUGGAGCUGGAGCAGGUGGUGGUUUGGUGCUACUUUUUGUUAUUGUGGGUAUAGUGAUUCUGAUUCGGCGAUCGCAUAGCCCUGUCAAAGCUGAGACUGUUUCUACUGUUUCUGUGUCUCGUGUUAACAAUGAGGUCACACCACCAAAGUGGGUGAAUCUCGGUGUGGAACCAGUUUACGAAGUAAUUGCUGAUUUAGAAAAUUGUUAUGACCAGCCACGUGCAUCUGCUCAUGUGAAUUCGGGUAAUCCCAAUUAUGGAGUGUCGAAAGGAUGCGUUGCAAGUCCCAUUGAAGGCAACAGUGGAGGCAUGGAUAAUACUGCAACUGGUACUGUACAAGUAGAGAACACAUCAGGCAAUCAACAUUUGGAGGAGUACAUGGUAAUGAGUGGAAACACUGCAAACGUUGCUUACAAUACACCCAAACCAGCUGCAGUCUAGGUUAGUUGGGUUAGUUGCUGGAUUUGUUCUAGUGUGAUGAUGCCAUAAGAAACUUUGGUGGCUUUUGUCCAACUGGUCAUAAUGCUACUAUUUAAUUCUUGUUGUACAGUAAAUGUGUUGACUGCAAAUUUACCUCAUAUUGUAUGCCACCUUAUUGAACUUAUGUAUAUAUACAGACAUCUCACAUGGAUGGUAUAUUUAGGUUAUGAAAUAUGAAACGUUGUUGGGUUUGACUA